AUGAAAUUAUAUUUAGUUGUUCUGUGUUUGGCUGUAAGUUUGUUCCUUGAAAGUCUUGCUGGCUCAAGUGACUAUGAAUCUCAAUUUCCAAGUGCAUCGUGCGAUUACUUGGAAAAUGACAUUGCAAACAAUUUAAUCGAUGAUAUUGCACUAAAUUAUAAGGACUUUAGUGACUUUAUUGAUAUCCAUUUGGUGGACCAUGACGAAACAACAAGAUUAAAUGAUUACACGAAGGAUCUUCUACUAAGUCAAAAAGUUACAAUUCAAGAUAAAGAUAUAUUUGUAGAUCUUGUUAUAUCGUAUGUUAAAGUCGCUCACUAUUAUCCGACUAUAGUCACUCUCGAUUAUCCGACUAAAGUCACUCUCGAUUAUGCGACUAAAGUCACUCUCGAUUAUCUGACUAGAGUCGCUCUCGAUUAUCUGACUAGAGUCACUCUCGAUUAUCCGACUAGAGUCACUCUCGAUUAUCUGACUAGAGUCGCUCUCGAUUAUCCGACUAGAGUCACUCUCGAUUAUCCGACUAGAGUCACUCUCGAUUAUCCGACUAAAGUCACUCUCGAUUAUGCGACUAAAGUCACUCUCGAUUAUCUGACUAAAGUCACUCUCGAUUAUGCGACUAAAGUCACUCUCGAUUAUCCGACUAGAGUCACUCUCGAUUAUCCGACUAGAGUCACUCUUGAUUAUCCGACUAGAAUCACUCUCGAUUAUCCAACUAGAGUCGCUCUCGAUUAUCCGACUAGAGUCACUCUCGAUUAUUCGACUCAAGUAACUCUCGAUUAUGCGACUAAAGUCACUCUCGAUUAUGCGACUAAAGUCACUCUCGAUUAUCUGACUAGAGUCGCUCUCGAUUAUCCGACUAGAGUCACUCUCGAUUAUCCGACUAGAGUCACUCUCGAUUAUCUGACUAGAGUCGCUCUCGAUUAUCCGACUAGAGUUACUCUCGAUUAUCCGACUAGAGUCACUCUCGAUUAUCCGACUAAAGUCACUCUCGAUUAUGCGACUAAAGUCACUCUCGAUUAUCUGACUAAAGUCACUCUCGAUUAUGCGACUAAAGUCACUCUCGAUUAUCCGACUAGAGUCACUCUCGAUUAUCCGACUAGAGUCACUCUUGAUUAUCCGACUAGAAUCACUCUCGAUUAUCCAACUAGAGUCGCUCUCGAUUAUCCGACUAGAGUCACUCUCGAUUAUUCGACUCAAGUAACUCUCGAUUAUGCGACUAAAGUCACUCUCGAUUAUCUGACUAAAGUCUCUCUCGAUUGUCCGACUAAAGUCUCUCUCGAUUGUCCGACUAGAGUCACUCUCGAUUAUCCGACUAGAGUCGCUCUCGAUUAUCCGACUAAAGUCACUCUCGAUUAUCCGACUAAAGUCACUCUCGAUUAUCCGACUAAAGUCACUCUCGAUUAUCCGACUAGAGUCACUCUCGAUUAUCCGACUAAGGUUACUCUCGAUUAUCCGACUAGAGUCACUCUCGAUUAUCCGACUAGAGUCACUCUUGAUUAUCCGACUAGAAUCACUCUCGAUUAUCCAACUAGAGUCGCUCUCGAUUAUCCGACUAGAGUCACUCUCAAUUAUUCGACUCAAGUCACUCUCGAUCAUAUGUCAAAGGAUUCUCGAUGA